AUGGCCACUCUUAUUGCUGGAAAUCUUGUCGGCUAUCUUACUUUGUUUCUUGUACUCGUGCUGUUCACUUAUGUAAGGUCGUGGCAGCGGCUGAGGCACAUCCCAGGCCCGCCGUCGUGGGGCUGGUCCGUGCUCCCGCUCUUCAGACUUCAUGUCCACGGCGCCAUCUACGACAAGUUCGGCGAGCUGAACCGCCAGUAUGGACCGCUCGUGCGCAUCGCGCCCAAUACACUAUUGGUGGCCGAUCCGGACGUCUUGCGGCGCAUGUCGGCCGUCCGGUCGCCCUACACGCGGGCAGACUGGUACAUCGCCAUGCGGCUGAACCCGGGCCAGGACAACGUGCUGGCGCAGCGGGACGAGGAGAAGCACGACGACCUGCGCCGGCGCAUGAUGGCCGGCUACUCGGGCAAGGAGAACCUGGCGCUGGAGCGCGACAUUGACGACUGCGUGCUGGACCUGGUGCGUCUGAUCGAGCGCAAAUACCUGCCUUCUCCAGGACGAGAACACCAGCCCGUACCCAUGGACCUGGCGCGCAAGAUCCAGUUCUUCACGAGCGACGUCAUGAGCAAGCUGUCGUUCGACGCAAAGUUCCACGACCUGCGUGACGACAACGACAACUUGGGAUACAUCCACGAGGUCGAGACCAUGUUCCCCAACAUCUUCUGCACCUGCACGAUCCCCAAGGUGAUAGAGUUCCUGACGAACAUUGGCUUUCUCGGCCUGUUUGCGCCCUCGGCGAACAGUAAGCUGGGUCUGGGCAAGGUCCUGGCAAUCACCAGGGAGCAGACGGCCAAACGCUUCGACAGUGAGGGCAAGCCCAAGGGCGACUACAACGACAUGCUGGGCAGCUUCAUACGACACGGCCUCACCAAAGAAGAGGCUGAGUCGGAAAGUGUCAUGCAAUUGGCUGCUGGAUCGGACACGUCUGCUACAGGCAUGAGGGCAACGCUGCGCUGCAUCAUAUCGUCCCCAAUGGCGUACGUGAAGCUCAUGGUGGAGAUUGACGAGGCGAUAGCGAGUGGCAAGAUACCGUCGGAUGAGAACCAGGUGGUCUCGAAUAGCAAUGCCAAGGAACUGCCGUAUCUCCAGGCGUGCAUCAAGGAGGGUCUUCGGUGGUAUCCACCGAUCGCGGGGAUGCUUGCUAAGAAGGUUCCUCGGGCCGGCGACAAGGUGUGCGGCUAUUUCGUCCCAGGAGGUACAUCUAUGGCCUAUUCAGCUAAAGCAGUGCACCACUCAGCGGCCUUGUUUGGUCCCGACGAAUACGCUUUCCGACCAGAGCGCUGGAUAUUGACCAAGGAUGGCGGCGAUGAGCCAUCUGUCGAGAAGCUCAAGGCCAUGGAGCAGAACAACGAGUUGAUUUUCGGAUAUGGGAAGUACCAAUGUCUGGGCAAGAGCGUUGCCUUGAUUGAAUUGAACAAGAUCUACGUCGAGCUCCUGCGGCGCUUUCAGUUCAGCCUGAUGGACCCAUUGGAUGUGUGGAAGACCAAGUGUUUUGGGAUACAUCUGCAGAAGGACAUGUGGGUGACCGUCAAGAGACGGCCGAAGGAGUGA